AUAUUUAUAAACGUAUCAGCCAGGGUCAAGCAGUGUCGCAUCAGAGCACAUCACAACACCACGUACAUCCUAAAUUAACUUAAAUAAAUUAAUUAAAAUGGAGAAGCUGUGCUUGUUUUUAAUUGUCGGUCUCCUCAGUAGCGAGGCACUCGGCAUGAGCUUCAGACAAAAACGUCAGUCUCCCGAUGACAGCGAUGAGUCAGGCGAGUUGGAAGAUCGCUACGGCUGGAACCGGUACCCACAAGGAAACCAGAACCGGUUCCCUAGCCAAUUCCCGAACCAAUUCCCUAAUCAGUUCCCUAACCAAUUCCCAAACCAGGGACAGUUCCCGAACCAGGGACAGUUCCCGAACCAAGGCCAAUUCCCUAACCAAGGCCAAUUCCCGAACCAAGGUCAGUUCCCUAACCAAGGCCAGUUCCCUAACCAAGGCCAGUUCCCCAACCAAGGACAGUUCCCUAAUCAAGGCCAAUUUCCAAACCAAGGUCAAUUCCCCAAUCAGGGUCAAUUCCCCAACCAGGGUCAAUUCCCCAACCAGGGUCAAUUCCCCAACCAAGGCCAACAGCCUAACCAAGGCCAACAGCCUAACCAAGGUCAACAGCCUAACCAAGGGCAACAAAACAACAACCAACAGGGUACCAAUGGAAACACAAGUGGAAGCCUGACCCAGAGCACGGAAUACCAGGACUGCAUCAGGCGGUGCCCGGUGACGUCGGAGUACAACCCCGUGUGCGGCUCAGACUUCGUCACCUACGACAACCCCGGCAGACUGAUCUGCGCGCAGACCUGUGGGAUGGGUAUCACCCAGUUCAGAACCUCUCGCUGCCCCGCCACCACCGCGGCCACGCCCACUUCUUAGUCGCAUUAUAUUAGUCACUUAAUAAUGUCAUACUAAACAGACUGAUUUAUACAUUUUCGUAAAAUAUAUAUUUUGAUACCAA